GCCAAGCAUAUGAAUGAUGCUAUGCAAGAGAGAGAAAGAAGGCAAACAUGCAUGCAUUCACGCCAUUUUCUAUCAAAAUUAUGUGAGAGAAACAACUGUAAUUUCCCCCUCUUGUUUUCAUUUUUCUUUCAUACUAACAGAAGAAGGAAUAUAUAUCAUGCAAAUGUUGCUAAUAAGGGGUGGAGAAGAGAAGCUCCUCCAAUUUCCAUGCAGUUCUUGCCUCUUCCUUCUCCUUCUCCCCCAUUCACUAGUUAAACGUUUUCCCCCUCUUUCCAUUCUCUCUCUCCCCCUCAUCAGCAGCACCCUCUGUGUCAUAUAUGCACAGCUCGAAUUGCAUCACCAUUACACCACCAUAGCUCCCAAGAAACUGAAUCAAACCAAGAAAGAAAAGAAACACACCAUCACCAUUGCAGUCAUUCAUCACAAUGGGAAGGCCUCCAUGCUGUGACAAGUCUAAUGUGAAGAGAGGGCUCUGGACUCCUGAGGAAGAUGCCAAGAUCCUUGCUUAUGUAGCCACCCAUGGCAUUGGCAACUGGACUUUAGUCCCCAAAAAAGCUGGACUGAAUAGAUGUGGAAAGAGUUGCAGGCUGAGAUGGACUAAUUACUUGAGACCUGACCUGAAACAUGACAACUUCACUCCUGAAGAAGAAGAGCUCAUUAUCAGACUCCAUGAAGCCAUUGGCAGCAGGUGGUCAGUGAUAGCAAGGCAGCUGCCAGGGAGAACAGACAACGACGUGAAGAACUACUGGAACACCAAACUGAAGAAGAAGCUGCAGAAGAUCGGGAUCGACCCGAUAACCCACAAACCCAUCUCCAAGAUCCUCAACGAUUUCGGCAACAUAAGUGGCAUCAAUGUCCCUUCGGGCACAACUACAACGACCAAUUCAGCAAACCACCAAGCUGGUCCCUUUAUGAGAAAAGCCUUCAAACCAGAACCACCUUCUUCUUCUACCACAACAACACCAACCUCAUCUUGCUCCAAUAACAGCACACUGAUGAUGGUCGACAACAACAAUGACCAUACUCCUCAACAGGACAAUUACAAUGGUUCCUUCUCCCUCACGCCACCACCAUCAGCAGCAGCAGCAUCUACUGCGGCCGAAACGUUUCUGUCCUGGGACUUCUCUGCCUCUGCAUCAUCAUCUCCUCUGCCUUCUGCCGAAACGUUUCUUGGCUCGCCGAGAGAAUCGUUCUCCUCAUCGUGUCAGCAGCAGCAAACGGAGGCUCAAACUGCUCAAGGGUUGAUGUGGAGGGAGUUUCUGGUGAGCGAUUCGACGCUGGCAUCGUCGUCAGGUUUCCAGCAUGAGCAUGAUGAAGAGAAGGCAAUUGAGGAGGGGCCAUCAGCGGCACUAGUACCUCCACCAUCAGAAGCAGAACAUUUCUCAGCUCGAAAUGAUGGAGAUGACAUGGUAGCUGCAUUGUGCGGUGGUGGAAGUAGUUCAUUUGUGGAGAGCAUGUUGGACAAGGAGAGGGAGAUGAUGCAGUCACAGUUUCCUCAGCUUUUGGAUCGUCUUGCUUUUGAUUACUGAUUAAUUGAUGUUAACUCUGUUUUUUGUUCUGCUUUAGACUUCAUUAGCUGAUCUUUUUGUUUUCCUUUGUGGUGAUGAAAUCACGUCAAGCUUAUUUCCAGAAGGCAUAUAUGUAUCAAGGAUGGGGAACAAAGGAGGUAAAAGUAGCAUGACGAGUUUUUCCUCUCCCUUCUUCUUCCUCCUCUUUGCCUUUUGGCGGAAAGAAUUGUAAGGUACUAAGGUUAGGUAGUAUAUUCGGAUUUUAGUAUAUGGAGUGGGAAACAUUAUUGACACAUUAGAAGUUGCAACCAUACCUUUUACUUGAUCACAAUACUACAUAGCUACUUUUAUCUUUUGAAAGUAAUAAAUUAAGUGGGGAUCAUGAUAUCCCGUCAAAAUUUGAAUAUGGAGAUUGACAUUACAUGAGUGGAUUAUAGUUGACAUGGACACGAUUUCGAUUAUAUGCUUGACUGGAUGAGUGACCCGUUCAUGACAAGAAGGAAAGAAAUGUUACUUGAUAUUGGCAUGAUGCCUAUUCUGGGGGCUUUGUCAUCAAUGUUAAAACCUACUCAAACACCUCAUGAAUAGAAAUUUACAGGUUGAUUCACGAUGAAUUUUCACCAACUCAAAAAUAACUUAAUUCCACAAGCUUGCUUGAUUGUCAGAAUGUGCAUAAGAGGUAGUGUGAAUUGUGUAUACUUUUUCGAUAUAGUACUUUUAUGAUAAUUUAUAUUUUAAGAGUCAUGAUUUACGUCUCGAUCCGAUUAUAUAUUGGAUGAAAUGUAAACUGGAUGUUAUGGAGAACCACCGAAUGAUGAAAAUUUAUUUUUGACAAAUCAUAUUUUCAUUUUUGACGAAUUCUCUUUGCCCCUCCGAAGAAAAGGGAACAAUAAACAUCCAACAAAUAAAUAACACAAAACAAGGCCUCCUUAAGAAGGUAAUUAUACUACCAAAAAACUAAAAUAAAGACGUGGAAAUAAC